ACACACAAUAGGAGAGAGAGAGAGAGAGAGAAAGAAAGAGAGAGAAAUGGAUAGGGUGUUUUCAGUGGAUGAAAUGUCGGACCAGUUUUGGUCACCACCACCACACCCACACCCACAACCACCACAAGCUCCGUCGUCAUCGGCUCAUUUGCCACCGCAAACAGCCGACGAAUCCUCCAAAAUGAUGAACCGCAGCGCUUCCGAGUGGGCUUUCCAGCGCUUCCUCCAGCUCGAAGUCGAACCGUCCGAGACCGAAACCACAACCGCCUCCUCCUCCGCUCCCUUAAACGACGUCGUCCUCCUCGACACGAAGACCGCCACUGAUAAUAAUAAUAAUAGCCAGAGCCAUAGCCAUAGCAAUAACAAUAACAAUAACAAUAACAAUACUAAGAGUAAUGGUAAUGGUAACAACGCGGCUUCGACGACGUCGUUUACUAGCAAGAACAAGAGCAACAACGGAACGACGAGCACGACGCCGUCGUUUAAUGCCGGUCCUCCGCUGAAUAUUCCGAUCGAUUCCGAAGAGUACCAGGCUUUCCUUAAAAGCAAGCUCAAUCUUGCUUGUGCUGCUGUUGCUUUAUCUCGGGGAUCUCUGGUAAAACCUCAAGAUUCUGGUUCUUUAACUGACAAUGGAUUGCAAGCGUCCAAUACCUCACAAUUGGGAUCCCAAGCCCCUUCUAAAGUAUGGAAUACAGACGUUUCACUUGAGGCAAACUCCACAGUCCUAGAGAAAGUAGAUGUCAACUCUGGUGUGAGUGGAUCAGGGUAUGAUUUAACCAGGUCACAAGAUAAGGACUCCAAUGUUUCACUUGGAACUCAUUCCUUACCUUCCAUGCAAAAGAGAUCUGGGGUACCAGUGAGGUCAACAACAAGUGGUUCAUCAAGAGAGCAGUCUGAUGAUGAGGAAGUUGAAGGAGAAAAUGAACUGACUGAGAAUAUGGACCCUGCUGAUGCAAAACGUGUGAGGAGGAUGCUUUCCAAUAGAGAGUCAGCCAGACGGUCAAGAAGAAGAAAGCAGGCCCAUUUGACUGAGCUUGAGACGCAGGUUUCUCAAUUAAGAGUGGAAAAUUCUUCUCUGUUAAAGCGUCUUACUGAAAUAAACCAGAAGUACAGUGAUGCAGCUGUUGAUAAUAGAGUUUUAAAAGCAGAUGUUGAAACAUUGAGAGCAAAGGUCAAGAUGGCAGAGGAGACAGUCAAAAGAAUUACUGGGUUGAACAACACGAUGUUCCAUGGUAUGUCUGAGAUGUCUACAAUAGAAAUGCCAUCCUUUGAUGGAAGCCCUUCUGACACUUCAACAGAUGCUGCCGUGCCUGUGCAAGAUAACCCAAAUCAUCACUUUUAUCAACCCAGUACCAACAAUAAUAUGUCCCCUCAUGAUCUAAGAGUUAACAAUGGCUUGGCAGACAUUUCACCUGUUGAAAAUGUGCAGCAGAAUCCUGCAGCAGGUGCAGUAUCAGGAAACAAGAUGGGAAGAACAGCUUCCUUGCAGCGAGUGGCUAGCUUGGAGCAUCUGCAGAAGAGGAUCCGUGGGGGUGUAACCAAUGGGGAGCAAUAGUAGCAAAUAUAGUAACUCAAAUGUGUUGAAGCUUCUCCCAAAUGAUGAUUUGAAGGAUGAUUAUAUUGCCCUACUAUUUUUGGUUGUACCGAAUGUAAGAAGGCCUAUUCUUUAUGUUAACUACACUCUUAAUUAAGCUUCUAGUAAUUAACUUUACUGAUCAAUGUGAUGCCGGAUGUAAUAGCUUAUUAUGUCAAAUUUUCCAACUCUUAUUCA